GGACUUUGCAACACCUUUCCUGCAGAUUUCAACAUCAGUGCCAGGGAUCAUCGGCAUCAGACUGGGUUUGGCUAGUUUAGUUUAGUUUAUUGUCACGAUUGGAUUCAGCGCCUUCAGAAUACCAGCGCUCGCAUUAUCCCUCUCGGUGUCACACUGCCGUGGUUUGCAUUGUUGGAAUGCGCACUACUGCACUGCAUAGUAAAGAGCUUUCUUUGUUAAGACUGUGCUGGGAGACAUCUCUGCCUCUCCUGGCCUUUGUGCUGCAGCUUUCCACUAGCUUUGUGGAACUGAAUAGAGGAUUAGUUCUGUUACCUUUGUAUUACUGGAGAGCUAAGUAUUUUUUUUUCAGGUGUCCUUACAUGCUGCUUUAAAGAGGUGCUUUUUAAGCAUCAUCACACUGCUUAACAAUUGUGAUGUUAAGCCGUUACGUUGAAAUUGUGCUUAAUUUGAUCUUUGCUGUUUUUCUCAAGCAAAAUACAACAAGAGUGUGUCUGUAACAGCCUAAAUAGAGCACAAUAGAAAACAAAUCUAUACAAAGCACAUGAGAAAAAGUGAAGAAAGCCCUGUACAGGACUUAAGACUGACUGAGUAAUCCUCACUGCCUCUAUAUUUGCUGGUUACUCCUGACAAGAUAAUGAUCAGGAACUGUUUUCAUGUAUAUCCUGCACUUCAGGUUGCAGUGUUGUAAUUGCCUCUCGUAAAUUUGACCGAUUAAAAGCAGCUUCAGAAGAGCUGAAUAAUAGAUUUGCUUCCAUGAGUCCUGCCCAAGUGACUCCCAUACAGUGCAAUAUCCGCAAAGAAGAAGAGGUAGAAGCUUUGGUGAGGUCUACACUGAGUCUGCAUGGGAAGAUUGACUUCCUGGUGAAUAAUGGAGGGGGCCAGUUUGCAAGUCCUUCUGAAGCCAUCCGUGCAAAAGGCUGGAAUGCCGUGAUAGACACAAAUCUGACAGGGACCUUCUAUUGUUGCAAAGCAGUGUACAAUGCCUGGAUGCAGGAACAUGGAGGAGCCAUUGUCAACAUUACUGCUGCCGUGAGAAAUGGCUUUCCUGGAAUGUCGCACACAGGAGCUGCAAGAGCUGCAGUGAAUAACCUAACCAAGACUUUAGCUUUAGAAUGGGCUCACAGUGGAGUGAGAAUCAACAGCGUUGCUCCCGGACUGGUAUUUUCGGAAACUGCUGUUGCAAACUAUGGAGAACAAGGUGUAAUGAUGUGGUUAAAGAGCAUACCAAAGGUUCCUGCCAAGAGGUCAGCUGUUCCUGAGGAGAUCUCUCCUGCAGUAUGUUUCCUGCUGUCUCCAGCUGCAUCAUUCAUAACUGGGAUAACCAUGGUUGUGGAUGGUGGCCAGAGUCUGUACAGCAGUACCCUAGAAAUACCCGAUCAUGACAGAUGGCCCUCACCACCAGAAGGAAAAAAUUCUGAAAUGCUGAAAAAGCUUCUUUCUGGCGAGUUCAAACCAAAGCUGUAAAACGACGAUAUUUUACCUUGUUCCCAGUUGCAGCCUUGCUGAUAAUGUCACUUUGUGAUUUAGCCUUAUUAUUCUCAGUAAUAUUUUUUUUUCCUCAUAUGUAACUACAUUAAGUGCCGUGAUUUUUUUGUUGGUUUAUAUUUAAAACUUUUGAAAGGCUUUACGUUGUACAUCUCUGUAAACACUCACCCUGAAAACAUUCAGUCUUUUGGGAAGGGAAAAGAUUAAAAGGACAAACUAUCCAUUUGCAUGGGCAUCAAGUAAUGAAGAAUCCCAGGCAGAAGUGAAUAAAAGGAAUACUGAUUUUGCAGUGAAGGUAGCCAAGAGGGAAUGUUUAGGAAUCCUUCUGUUCUUGAUGAAUUUGCAGAGAAGGUAAAUCUUUUUCUAUUAGUUGCAUCAGUAGCCCUUGGGUAAGUGUUAACUGUAUUUCUGUUCACCCACAUACUGAGUGUUCAACAAUGGUUUUAAAGACCAAGUAGAGUAAGUAUUUCUCUGAAAAUAAAUAAAAAUAAGAUGGAAUACUGUUAUUAAUGUUUCAAACAAAUAUGGCAUAUCAUAUUUGGAGCGUUUUGAAUUGUUUGCAGAUAUAAUGACAUAAUGGUAUUAAGCUGGCUGCAACUUGAUGACAGAAUAAGCAGAUAAUAAAUACAAUGAUAGAAAACAGUAUAGAUUCAACAAUUUAGCAUGUAAAAUCUGUGGUGUAUAUUGUAGUGCUCUCUGCAGUAUGCUACACUAGGAAAUGAGAAUUUGGAAUUCUUCAUCCGUCAGCUAAAACACCUUUUAUCCAUACUGUGUUGUCUUACAAUGUUAAUUUUGUUCAUUACUGCCUUUAGAUGUGGUUUUUGUGAACAAUGAAGAGAUGCCAUUUAAAAACUGGAAAUCUUGUAAUACAUCCCUUGAAGAAGCUAUAUUUGUAAAUUUUUUAUUCAUUUUAAGGCAAAUGUUUCCAUUUCUGCUAACUUUAGUGAAAAUAUAAAAAAUAUUAAAGACUGUGUUUGUUUGCUGUAAAAACUGAAAUUCCUGGAAUCUAGUUGCUGCUAUAGAAAGGAACUUUAAAUACUUCAUUUUGGACUGAAUGUAAGAGUCUGAUGGAUGUUUGAUUUUUGUGUCUUUCAGUAAAAUAUGUGUUCUUAUAUAGGUACAUGUAGAUUGCUUUUUCAUGAAAAUGAAAUGAAUGCCAGUUUGGAGGGGAGAGGAGGAAUUUGAGCACACAACCAAGUGUGUUCUUUCUGCUUUAUGCUCUUCCCUUAGUAACUGGACAGUCAUUUAUGCAACUGUGAGAAAUUAGUACAGAGAUAAAGCAAAUUUUUUCAAACCUCUUGUGUAGAGUAUCUUUUGUUUAUUGCAAAUAUUAGUUCAGGGUACUCAGCAAGAGGAUUCCUGGGAGCAAAUGCACCUGUUAGAUAACUAACUCUAGAAGUCUAGCCCAUUGCAUUCAAGUGAAAUUAUUUCAUUUAUUAACACAUUAUUUUAACAUUCUUAAUAUCUUUCUGGAAAAGAAGGUUAAACAUGAAUAAACAUGAGACUUGUGGAACUUA